AACUGAUAAAUGUGUCAAUUACAAAGUACCCAUUUGUGAGACUAUUCGUGUGCUGUAAAGGGAAAUAAUAAUAUAAUAUAAAAACAAAUUAAGUUCUACACAAUGACUAAAUUUAGUUUUGAAGGUGAAAUUAAUAGUCUAUCGAUACGACAACAAGAGUUUCUUUGUGAUGUGCUUCAUAAUCGUGGAUAUACUAACAGCAAAGUACUUAUAGAAACAGUAGGCAAAGCUGGUGACAACUAUAUAGCCAAUGUAAAAAGAAUUAUUGUUAAAGGAGAUGAUGGCAAUACAUUUAAUAUUAUAGCUAAAAUAGCUCCGUCUCAAGAAAUAGUACGUGCACAACUACAAGCACAAGUAUUGUUUCGUAAUGAGGGUAUAAUGUACAGUGAGGUUUUACCAGCAUUAGUGGAACUGCAGAAAGACGAAGGUAUACCGGUAAAAGAUCAACUACGAUACGCUGAAUGUUACGGCGUAUUAUUAGAAGAACCAGAUGAAAUUAUUCUUCUAGAAGACCUAGUAGAAUCCGAUUUUAACAUACUUGAUAGAUUCACGUCUCUUUCAAACGAAUGCAUUAAACUAAAUCUUAAAAAUUUAGCAACUCUUCAUUCCUUAUCAAUAGUGUUGAGAAAACAGAAACCGGAUCUAUUUGAAGAUAUUAGACAAAAACUUGUUGAUUGUUAUGUUAAUAUGACUGAAGUUCCGGAAUUUAAAUUGUAUAUAGAAGCCAUAGAGAAUGAUGCUAUUGAAGUUUUAACGAAUGAAAAAUAUAUAAGUGCUGUUCGCGGCUCUUUAACUAAAUCAGGGGAGCUAUAUAAAAAGCUUACUAAAGAUGAGAUAAGACUAAAAUAUUCCGUGGUAUUACAAGGUGAUGGCUGGACCAACAAUAUAAUGUUUAAAUUAAAGGAUGAAAUACCCGUUGAAGCCAUAAUGAUUGAUUACCAGCUAUCAAGAGUAUCUAAUCCGGUAUGUGAUGUUCUUUACAUGAUUUUCAAUUGCACUGAUUAUGAAACAAGACGUGCCCAUUAUCACGAUUGGAUCGAUUACUACCAUUUGCAAUUGGAGAAGUCCUUAUCUAACUUCGGCAUAAAAGCAGACUUCAUAUUUUCAAGAGACCAACUCGAUGCUGACUUGAAGCGAUACUCAAAAUUAUUCUUUGCAAAUGCAAUAAUGUUGAGUGCAGUGUUGAUCAGAAAAUCAGAAGACGCCGCUAAAGCAAAGGAAGCAAUGGAAAACUCCGAUAAAGUUGAUAUAGGAACAGUUCUAGAGAGUUUUCAAAUGAAAAAUUUGGAUCAAGAUUCAGUUUCAAAAUUCAAGAGUAGAAUAGAAGGCGUGAUAGAUUCCUUCCGUGACCUGGGUUAUAUUGCCUAAAAUGGCUGUCACGAAAGUAUUAUAAUAUUAAUAUAUAGAGUUACAGUAUUAAUAUAGUAGUAUUAAUUAAUAUACACGUAAAUGAUAUUGUUUAUAUAUACUAUACUGUUUGUGUUGUAACUAGUACUACAACAAACAACCCAUUUAAUGAACAUUACGACACACAUAUACCUAUACCUACGUAUAUAGUUAUUAAAAUAGGUUAGUUUGUAAUUAUGUAUCAGUAAAUAUUCUAUUUAUAAAUCUGUUAUUUUAUAGUAUCUAUUUUAUACUAUCUUGUUGUUUAUUAAAUUUUUCUCUGUAAUUCGCACCAUUUAUCAAAUAAAUUAGUUUUUUCCCCUUUUUUUUUACGCUGGUCAACCUCCGUGGUUCCCCCUGGAAACCAUCGUAGUUAAUUCUUGUAAAGUCGUCAUGAUAAUCCAACUGACCGGCUUUUAUCCUCACC